UACGCGGAAGAAACGGGAAACGUAACAAUACUGCGUACACUCCUGGACAGACGGCUGACCAAUGAAAUUCUGUCUUGGGUCACGUGGUACGAUUAACAGAAGUUCGUCUCGCUGUAAGAAGCAUAGUUCGCGUUCAGACGUAUCGCACGAGAGAAUGGGCAACAGGCCAAUCGGAGCACAAAUCGAAUAGUUGCAGGCGCGUGCGCGCGAUUCCGCCCUAAGGAUUCGUCCCGUAUUGGAGCCGCGGCGUCGACAGAUAGCGCUGUAGUGGCCGGCUACUUCGCUAGAGGCAGAGACGUUCCUCUCCAGCAACACCGAGAUCCAGUUUCCCUUAAGCCGCUCUCGCGCGUUUGUCUGUUGUCGUCGCGUUCGCGUCGUGUCCUACCGAUUAUUUUCUCCUUCCUCCCCCCCUCCCCCGCCACCCGCGCACGAGAUCGUCGACACGGUAGAGCAGCCGCGCGGUAUACCGAGUGUCCACGCUUUAAAAAAAGUAAUUUUUGCCCGGUGCCCGAGCCCCAGGAUGGCGUUCAACGGAGACGGACCACACUCGAAAAGGCAGCGACUCGAGGAAUCCGGCCACAGGAAUCACGAGUAUGGAGGGUACGGAGAGGAACCGCGACGCAAAAGGGAAGACAAUAAUACACCAAAUCACGUUCUCCUCUUCACAAUUAUCAACCCAGUCUACCCCAUCACCGUGGAAGUAUUGCACACGAUCAGCGCGCCCAGCGGGCAGGUUCGGCGUAUCGUUAUCUUCAAGAAAAACGGCGUUCAAGCCAUGGUGGAGUUCGACUCGGUGGAAUCUGCGACGAGAGCGAAGGAGACACUUCACGGAGCAGAUAUAUAUUCCGGAUGCUGCACACUGAAAAUCGACUUCGCGAAGCCUACAAAGCUGAACGUUUACAAAAACGACGCAGAGAGCUGGGACUACACGACGCCGGCGCUUGGAUCGAGUGCACACAAAAAUGACACGACCGGAAAUGGAAGGCCGGCUCCCCUUUUGGCGGAACCCAGAUACGGCGCCGCGCCCCAGCCAUACGGAUCCACGCCACAGGUAACUUUCCCCCCGGGUGCCGGCCACGAUCGUUACGAGGAGAAUUUCAAUGGACCAGCAACGUAUGCGGAGCCGUACGUUGAGCGUUAUGGUAUCAAGAGCGAUUUUAGCGGUCGAGAGCCAUUGCAUCCCACGCCACCGCGGCCUGGUUACGUGCCCACCCUGGGACAAACACCACCUUCGAGCACGCAGGGUUCCGUGAUGAUGGUUUACGGCCUGCAACCGGACAAAGUCAACACCGACAAGCUCUUCAAUUUGUUCUGCCUAUACGGAAACGUGACGAAGGUCAAGUUCUUGAAGACGAAAGAGGGAUGCGCAAUGAUCCAGAUGGGCGACAGCAUAGCUGUAGAGCGGUGUUUACAGAAUCUGAACAACGUGACGAUCGGGACGGACGGCAGGUUGCAGCUAGGCUUUUCGAAACAGGCUUUCCUCUCAGACGUCACCAACCCCUAUAUUCUGCCCGACAAGACAGCGAGCUUCAAGGAUUUCACGGGAAGCAAGAAUAACAGGUUCCUAAAUCCAGCAAUGGCCAAUAAGAACAGAAUACAACCACCCUCGAAGAUAGUCCACUUUUUCAACACUCCCCCGGAUUUAACCGAGGAGACAGUGCACCGUGUGUUCGUCGAACGCGGCAUCGAGGCGCCAACGACAGUGAAGCUGUUCCCCCUCAAAUCGGAACGAUCGUCGUCUGGCCUUAUCGAGUUCAGCAGCGUCGGAAUUGCGGUAGCCGCCAUCAUGGAAUGCAAUCACACAGCGCUGGAAAACAGCAAUGGGAAGUUCCCGUACAUCAUGAAGCUGUGUUUCUCGUCGUCCCGCACCAUACCCACCAGUUUCCCGCCAAGCAGCGGCAGCACAUCGAGCAAUUCCGCCGGUAAUGGCCACGCCAAAAUGCAGCAGGACUCGGAAUAGAACGGCGAGGUCCAGGGCCAGCAGCGUCAGCGUCAGCGCCAGCGUCCCUCUCUCGCCCUGCACCCGUUGUGUGCCCCGACGGGCACGGCCCUGCACCCAGCCGCAGCGAUCACACUUUCUCCGGUCUUACCGCCGCCCGUGCCGCCGCCUUUGCCGCCCACCUGCGUCCUGAUCGCCACGCCGACGCUCUAUCCGACCGUGCCACCGCCACCGCCGCCCCCGCUGCCUACGUUCUGGCCGUACUGAGGGGAGGAGCGGGCCUAUCCGGCGUACGGGGACAAUCAGCCUCGUCAACGUCUUCUUCUACUCCUCCUCGACUCGUAACCAAAACCUGGCAAGAUAGCGGUCACGACCCAGCUGGUCGCUGGACGAAAAACUUUACUAUUCGAGGGGUUCGAACCUCGACGCAGUCCCGAGGACCAACGAGCGAAAUCGUCUUUGGGGCACGGUGCUCGACAGAACUCGAGGAAUUCAUCACGUCGUCGACAGGGUGGAACGUGCGCGUCGAUCGGGCCAAGGCUCGUGGCCCGAAAGCGUCGUCCGUGGAACGUUCGCCAGCCGAAGUCAGGCGACGAAUCGAGAGGCAGCGAUGUUUCCGAUUACAGCACUGCUCUGUGUCUCUUUAUUAUUUUCUUCUUUUCAUCUCCUUUCUUCGUUUUUCGGUUUUCUUCCUGUUGUUUCGGCGAGGUCCGGGUAUACGUGCUUACUCCGCGCAGAGGGCCACCGUCCCCAGCCGCGAACCUAUGGUUUGGCAGGCGGAGGGAUCGACUUGGUCUGAGGAAAAGGACUUUCGGGAAGGUCCCUUCUUCGAGCGAGAAUGGUUAAGAGGCGAGAGAGUUCCUCCCUCGGUAGGGCAGCUGGCGGGAUGUCUCCCGGAGUCGAUUGCUUUCGCUUGCCAUACUUUGCGAAGGGAGGACUCGGUGCGUCUUCUUUCGAUUUCAAGGUCCACUUGCACGAAGUCGAAGUAUAUGGCUCUGUUUAGGAGCGCGUAGGGCGCUAGACGUGGAUUCUCUAUAAUUCUAGAGAUAUAAGUGAUUAGAGGACGUUGACCUUACAUGAAGACCUCUGUGGCACGAAUGGUAGAACUGAGUAAUGAUUCUAUAAACGGGAAACCCAUGUAAAAAAUAAAAGAGUAACAUACCCCUGUACGAUACUAAAUAUCAAGGCGUUCCUAAGUCUGGUCACAUAGCGACUGAAAGAAAUUUACCAGGUAUGAUAUUUAUUAACAUUUCCUAUGUGAUCCCAGACUUUUGGAACACCUUAUAGAAAUCUGCAGCUAAAACUCCACUGUUGAGGAAAGCAGUACGAUAGAUUUCACUGUACAUACACAGCUGUAAUUAUCUACAUCUCUGCAAUUAUCGAGCAUCCACACUCGUUGUUCUUCACGUUGCAACAAGUACCUUUUUCGAUCAUCCUGCAGGAUCAUGUCGAAGUCAAUGGGAGACAGAUCAGGUCCUCGCCUUGUCAGUGUCAGUAUUAAUGUCGAGGCGACGCGUAUCCUCUUCGUCGCUCUCGAAAGGGCGCGCGGCGAGCGUUCUUCGCGGUAACUUCUUUCCUUCCGUGGGACGCGCGAGGAUCGAUCGUGAAGGAUCGUCUGUGUAAAUAAUAGCUCGGGAGAGGCCGCCGUCCGAUGGAAAUCCGUUGGACGAUAAUGGGAUGAACGAGUGGAACCGAGAGAGAUCCGCAGGUAAACCUCGAACAGGGAUGGGCAAAUUAACAAAAAAGCGUCGAACAACGAAAAGAGCAUAAACAACUUCCGAUUCGUUGCUCGUUCAAUUUAAAGUCGCAAUCUGAAAUGUACAAUCAGAUUGUGCCUUGAAGCUUAUCCAAAUAACUUGCGGAUGAGUCGUUUGAAGUGUGUAUAGAAAAUUCUGAAUAAUUAUUUUAUGGGGGUGUUGAUAGUAUAUUCUACAGAUUUACGAAAAUAAUAGUCUAUUUUGUAUUCAAAAUUUUGUCCUAGUCAUCGAAUUCAUAGCUUUUUUACACCUCGUUUAGUUGACUUCAAGUCUGAAUAUUUCACUCUUGUCACCGAGGCUAUCAUCGUUUGUGAUCCCGUAUCUGCCAUGUCCACCAAAAAUGAAAAUAAAAUGCUAUCAAUUACUAAACCAUCGAUGACUGGGUUACCACCGAAAUUAGAUGCACUUACACACAACUAAAGUUCUGCCCAUCUCUGCGAUCGAGUAACUGGCAGAUCCUCGCUCGAAUAUUCCACGAACUCAACCUCAGGGUGAACGACGUUUCGCACGGCGGCGAUUAUUUUCUUCCCCCUCACACGUGCACACACACCCACACACAUACACAGACACGGACACAAGCACGCAGGCACCCGUACACGCGAUAAGAACCGUGAAAGACACCUCCACGAUUUCGAGACCGAGUGCAUCGCGUUCCUCGUUGUCCAUUUCAUGGGAUCCAAUAAAUCGGAGGUUCCUUAUCGACCAUUAGAAACUACACCCUGGAUAUAGUGUCAACAGAGAGUGUUCCAGAGGAUCUGAAUCAAUCGUGCUCCGAGAACGUUGAAGAAGCUCAUCGACGCAGCCUGCGAGUGCAUCGUCGACGACGGCGCGAUUCAGCGCUUCUGACUCGCGAGAAUCUCUUUGCUCCAACACGAUUCUUCGAUUCUGUAGCUCUGUCGCGUUCUUUUGUAUACACACAUCUGCGUGUACCUUAGAAAAAGAGUAAGGAUCAGGUUCUGUUCAACUCUCCGCAGCUCGAGAAUUUCAUUACUUUUAGAACUGAAGUAAACGAAAAGAGUGGAAUGAGUUUAUUUAUAUUCCAAGUACAAAAGACACGUGCUCUGGCUUAAAAUGCGUUUUAAAAAAAACAGAGAUUAGCGAGAGUCGCCACCCUAAAAAUGUGACUCCCUCGUUAGAUAGUGAAAAUGUGUGUAAAUUGUUGAGGGAAAUCAGUAGUACACAGUGGGACUCAAAUGGACAUUUUCUAGGUAAAAGGUGAGUUUAUGUGUAUCGCCGAGUGCACUAGACAUUCGCAUUGACUCGAGACAGGUUUUUGGAAAUUUCAGAAGAAAGCAUUGGUUAAUUGUCGAAACAAGUGGUCACUGACGCUUAAGUAGACAUUUUCUAGGUGAGACACCUCAGCUAAACCGGCUGGAUAGAGAGUUGACAGCUCAGCAUGGAAUUUAAAAUUUCUGCUGAAGAUCGGGACUGAUCUUUCUCUCUGCCUACGAUACACGCGCAGAUUUCUACUUUUCUCAAAAUUCUGUUUCGCCUCUCGAGGAACCGCGCUCGUGAAGGAAAGAACGUGAAGUUUCGCACGCGAGGAAGCUUCUCGCGAGUCUCGAUAGCAAACCGAAAGAGAUAGGAUGGAAAUGAUGAAAAUAACCGACUCGUGUUCGUCGACGAGGAGAAAAGAGAACCGUUUAUCGUUCCCCUUGCUUUUCUUCGAGGAAAGAGGGAGCGAGAAGAUGUAAUAUGAAGUUUCCCUGCCCCACCCAAGCUGUAGUGUUCAGGUUGCGACGACGACUCGGUUUUACCCGUACUUGCUGAAAGACAAUGAGAAAAUGAAACGAUGGGGGUGAUUUUUAAAGAAGGAAAAAUAAAGAGAAGAAGUGAGAGAGAGAGAGACAGAGAAAAUAAGAGAGAACGACCGAAACGAUGGUUAAAUUUCACUUCAAGCACCUCGUACACUAUUGAUCAGAUCGCGGACUGUGAAUUGAAUUUUAUAUGAAGACAAUGAAGUCGACGACACACAAUAUAUUAGCGAAGUCCCUCGGCAAUAUUUUGUCGGGCCUGGGGGACAUUUUUAUAAUGAAAAGGUUUUAGAUCUCCGAUUUAAAAGCGAUAUUAAGAAAAUAAAAAAAAGUAAUAAGAUAAAUAAAGUAAAACGUUGUGUUUUUCGAAGCGAACCAAAUGACUACUAAAUAAAUAUAGAGACUCAUGACUCGGCCAUACGUAACGUAAGAUAAUAAAGAGAGAAAGAGAAAAACACGAAUGAGCUACGUUACUCUCCACACACCCCCUCCGAGAAACCCCCCCCUCUUUAAGAUGCGUGAGAAUAAUUCGCCACUUUUGUCCAUUGAUAAUCGUGAGAGAGAGAGAGAGACCUAAACAAAAUGAGAUAUAACUUAAAUAAGCAACAAACAAACAAACAAAAAAUGUUUAUAUUCGAGGCAAUAUUUGUUACAAUACAACUAAUAGAGGAUAAGUUGUAUACCGUUAAGGGGCUCAGUACACAAAGCGAGGAUCCUUGUCGAUUGCCGAAAUAAGAAUGGGGAUUUAAACAAACAAACAAAAAAAAAUAAAGGGGAAAAAUGAUAAUUAAAUAAGAGGACGAAAGGAUGCUGAGAGAUACCAACGUACGACCUGUGUCAAACCGACGAAUAUUAUUUAAUACACGUUGUGCGUUGCUGCUGACAGAGUUUCAUUCAAAUAAAAGCUUAUCGGUCGUAAUAAGGUGAUAUAUAUAUAUAAUGAACACAUAUAUAUCGACGCGAGAGAAACAAUGGUACUAAGCUAAGGAAUUAAGAAGAAAAUAAAUAUGAUAAACAAACAUACAAUUUAAAUGGCAAAGUGUUUUGUGCACACGAUAUCGGUGGUGUGCUACGAUCGAAUUGUUAACGUUCGUCAAUCAUUCGUUGUUUAUUUUGAUUCCUGUUCACGAAUGUGUUCCGUUCCACGGUUUAGAGAUUAAAUCUGUCAUUUUACUUUAUUAAGUCUCCGUUCGUCGGAGGGCUGUAAAAUUGUUUUUACAUCACAUUCUCAUAUUUUUUAUUAUCGAUAAGUACCGUCUAUUAAUAUUACUUAUUGUUAUAAUUGCGAUUAUUAUUAUUAUCGUCAUUAUUAUUACGAUUACUCAUUAUUAUCAUUAACUAUCAUUAUCAAUUGUCGCCAUUGCGUGAUUACAUAUACGAUUGUAACAGUAUAGGUUCCCACACGGUAGAGCUGUCAAUACAUCACGUUUUAAUCACGACGAACUAUUGAUAUUUUUCAUUUCGUACAUAGUGAGCAGGACCUAAAACGCGUAAGGUUAAUGAAAAAAGUGAAAAAAGAUGUAGGGUAUAAAUUAAGCAGCUAGGACUUGUAAUCAUAUCAUAACGUUUUUUGUAGAUAAUAUUAUUAUACGUGAUUUGCGGAGUAUGGCGUUUUAAAUCAAGAGUGUAUCGUCUCGUGACUCGUGUGCUGAUACAUGACAAGAAUGUAGUAGAAGAAUCCUUGUUCGAACCGCGCGAGUCUGAAUCGAGUUCGAUUUUCAUUUUUUCCUUGUUUUGUUUUCAUUUUUUAUUGUAUCUUUUUUCUUUCCUUUAGCCUCUUUUGAUUAGUAAUCGAAGCGAGAACUGAGUUUUAAACCUGCGUACGUAAUUCUUCGAAAACGAAUCCGCGCCGCGUAGAGAGGGUCGCUCGAACAAUCAGGUCUUAUCUUUUUCUCUCCGACGUAUUUUGUAAUCGCGAAAAUUUAGACAUCGAUUUUUCGACUUUCAUAAAUGCCUCAGCAUACGCGUGUGAUAGUAUUCGUAAAUCCAUAAUACGUGCCCAUUCCUGAUUAUAUAUUCCAUGGUGGCGAGAUAUGAGAGAAAAGAACAAAAAAAAAAACGGGAAUUGUUGAAGGAGACGAAGACGAAGACGAAGGGAGGAGAUGACGAAACAAAAAAAAAAGGAAAAAAAGUAACACGUGGAAAAGACGGAUGCAUCUUUGGGUUUUAUUUUUUUUUUCUUUUUGUUUUGAGAAAUUGUAUAUUUAGACAAAUUUUGUUUCGCUAGGGAAUAGAGAAAACGAGAGAGAGAGAGUGAGUGAGUGAGUGAGUG